AUGAACAGCGUCGGGGAGGCUUGCACCAACAUGAAGCUCAAGUACAACCAGUGCUUCAACAGCUGGUUUGCCAAGAAGUUCCUCAAAGGGGACGGUUCCAGGGACCCUCGUACUGAUCUCUUCAAGCAUUACCAGCACUGUGUUCAGAAAACAAUAAAAGAGAAAGAGAUUCCGAUUGAAGGACUGGAGUUCAUGGGCCAUGGCAAAGAAAAGCCAGAAAAUUCUUCUUGACCUUGCUUGUCACCUUGAAAAUGGAUUCCUCAUAUCAGGAAAUUAAGAGGACUCUGGAAUUUAUCAGCUUAAGGCUAUGAAGUUUGCAGUGCGAUUUAAU